AUGACUCAUAUUCAGGAGGCUCGUGAGGAAGUUGGGGAGAAAUUGGAUUUUCCGAAGCCUGACGCAGUGAUAAACUAUCACUUGCAAAAGAAGAAUGAGAUCCCGGUAUUUCCGACAACAACAUGCACUGCUGUAAAUCGAAAAGGCCAAUGCCAUGAAUUUUCGAUAAACAAACCGUCUGAGUAUCUCAGACAUACUCUGGCAUGUCCAGGAAAAACGGCACAGGUGUCAUCACUUUCUGAUUUCACUGAAAAUCAACGGUUGAACCUCAACCAAGGCACCAAGUGGAAGGAAAAUCACAUGUUCCAAAACCUGAUGACUACAUCCGAAGGUUCGGAUUAUUGGGUAGGUAGUGUUGUUGAAGUACAAGAGUGGUCAAAUUGGUUCUUCUUGGAGAAGUUUUAUACAAAAAAUGGAUCUACAUAUGCCAAUGCCUUCCAAGUGUAUGGUGGCCAUGGUACUAUGCUAAGUCAUUGUGACGAUGCUUACAUCUGGUCGUGUGGUGGAUCCACAAAUUUUGCUGUCUCCCUCCUUAAGUAUACUAUUGAAGUCGAUAAGAUCCUGUCUAUUGUUCAGAAAGACAGCAAUCUUUUUCUUGGGUGUGAUUUAUCUGUUUCUUCCUGCCCUUCUGAGAUUGUUUAUGCCACUCUUGUUGAUAUUCAGUCUCAAUUGUGGCUCAACACGUCCUUUGUUGAAAGAUUCAAGAUAAAACUUCCCAGAGGCAGGUUAAUGAAAGUGGUUAUUUGCCCACUGAAUUUGUAUUCUGACGACACUUCCAGAAACUCUUCAAAGCAAUACAACAAGUACAACAGCUAUCUCAUGUAUUUUGCCGCGAUGCCUCUUGAGGUGAGAAAUAAUCAAGAGAAUGUGAUGUUCAUUUCCACCUCGAAUCAUGUGCUGAAUGCUGUCGAGAUGCUGCCCCCAAUUGUUGAUGAUUUUGUGGAAUUGGAGAAAGGAAUUGUGAUGUACUCCAAAGAUCAUGAUGAAGAUGUUCUGGUCGUUGCUCCUCUGUUAUUGUUCAUGGGUGAUAAUCCUUGGCAAUCGCAACUUGCUAUGCACAGUGGAACAUCAGGAAAGCAUUUCUGCAGGAAAGGCCAUUUAGAAGCACCCCGAAGCACUCAAAAAGACAACAUGCCAGAGAUAUCUUAUCUUCCAGUUGACCAUAAUGGCGCUGAAAAAAGAACAAAGGAAUUCUUAAAUGCUUUUGCCACUGCCAAUACAGAUUCAAAAUUGUAUAAGCAUGAGUGUGACCUAAACUAUAGUAAGAAUGGCAGCAAAGAAUUUCUCAGACUUGAAGCAUUUGAUGCAACAAAUGACAUGCCUGUUGAAAUUCUUCACACCAUCCUGCUUGGCUUAUCACAGUAUCUGGUCACUUACCUCCUUAAGUUCUCGAAAAUGUCAACAGCAGAAAUGGCAAGGCUUGAGUCAGCUCUGAGUUCUUACAGAGUCUGCAAGAGUUAUAGCAGAAGAUUCAGAAACUAG